GGAAGGCUUCAGCAAUUGCACAGUUUUAGCGGUGGAGAAGAGCUCUGAAGCUUUGAAGGUUUGGCUCCAAUGGCGAAGCCGGUUCAAAUUGAAGUGUGGAAUCCUAAUGGAAAGUACAGAGUUGUAAGCACCAAGCCUAUGCCUGGAACUCGCUGGAUCAAUCUCUUGAUCGAACAAGAUUGCCGAGUUGAAAUUUGUACCGAGAAGAAGACGAUACUCUCGGUGGAGGAUAUUGUUGCUCUCAUCGGCGAAAAGUGCGACGGCGUUAUUGGACAGUUGACUGAAGAUUGGGGAGAGGUGCUGUUUUCUGCAUUAAGCAGAGCCGGAGGCAAAGCUUUUAGUAAUAUGGCUGUUGGUUACAAUAAUGUAGAUGUUAACGCUGCUAAUAAGUAUGGUAUUGCUGUAGGAAACACUCCUGGAGUACUUACAGAAACUACAGCAGAGUUGGCAGCUUCACUUUCUCUUGCAGCUGCAAGAAGGAUCGUUGAAGCUGACGAGUUCAUGAGGGCAGGCCGCUAUGAUGGAUGGCUUCCGAAUUUGUUUGUUGGAAACUUGCUGAAAGGCCAGACUGUUGGUGUGAUUGGAGCUGGUCGUAUUGGAUCUGCUUAUGCAAGAAUGAUGGUAGAAGGGUUUAAGAUGAACCUGAUCUACUUUGAUCUUUAUCAGUCAACCAGACUCGAAAAGUUCGUUACAGCCUAUGGCGAGUUCCUAAAAGCCAACGGUGAGGUUCCUGUGACAUGGAGAAGAGCAUCAUCCAUGGAUGAGGUGCUUCGAGAGGCUGAUGUGAUAAGUCUUCAUCCAGUACUGGAUAAAACCACCUUCCAUCUGGUGAACAAAGAAAGUCUUAAAGCCAUGAAGAAGGAUGCAAUCCUCAUUAACUGUAGUAGGGGACCCGUGAUCGAUGAAGCAGCCCUUGUUGAGCAUUUAAAAGAGAAUCCGAUGUUUCGAGUUGGCCUCGAUGUCUUCGAGGAUGAACCAUACAUGAAACCUGGGCUUGCUGAUAUGAAGAAUGCGAUCAUUGUACCUCACAUUGCUUCCGCUUCCAAGUGGACUCGUGAAGGGAUGGCGACACUGGCUGCUCUUAAUGUUCUGGGAAAAAUUAAACAAUAUCCCGUUUGGGCCGAUCCGAACCGAGUAGAACCAUUCCUUGAUGAGAACACUCCACCUCCAGCUGCGUCUCCGAGCAUUGUGAAUGCAAAAGCCUUGGGUAUAUAACUGAAAAAGCAUUGCCUGUGUCAAAGCUGUGAAUCGAUGACGCUUGCUUACAUUACACAGACUUUGAGGUAAAUGAAAACUCUAUUUACGAGUGAAUUUGAUGAGUGUCGAACUCUGGACAAUUGAUUAUAAUGUGCGUAUCUAUCUCUUUGGUUGAAAAUGCAAGUCCAUCACCUAGUUAGUUCUACAACAUCAAAUAUAUUAGUUUGAAUUAUAUAUUUAA